GGAACAGCCCGCUGUCUAUAAAUUUGAACCAAUAUUUCCUUAUAGACAGGCGCCUGCCCUCCACCCCGAAUCUCACACUCGCUGCCUGCGCUUCCGAUGCACCUCCGCCUUGUUCAAUUCCACCACCCCGCCCGCAGCUGUCACACCUUGCAGCCCGACCGGACGACCCUCACCACCGCCACACCGACGCCACACCGAGGUCAGCAAGGCCUACUGGUUUUCACUUUCAUGGUACGAUAGGGACGGUUGCGCAUUCUUUGGCUGUCUUAUCAGCCAACAAACGCCUUUUCCAGACCUGUGUCAUUCGGCCAGGUACAGGAGUGCUAUGGUCUCAGCUGCCUAGCUUUUACAUCCAAGCUCAUUUGUUGACAUGAAACAAGAAUGGCGUCUCGGCUUGACCGACUCGUUACCAUCCUUGAAACGGGCAGCACCCGACUGAUACGGGAUACCGCUGUCAGCCAGCUCGCCGACUGGCAGAAGCAGCACCCCGAGGAACUGUUCAACCUCCUCUCCAGGGUCGUCCCUUACCUCCGGCACAAGGACUGGGAGACCAGGAGCACCGCGGCCAAGGCGAUCGGCAAGAUCGUCGAGAAUGCGCCGCUCUACGACCCCAAUGCGGACGAGACAUCCUCUCCGGCAGAGCCGGCCGGUGAGAAUGGCGCCGUCAAGAAGGAGGAGGAGCAGAAGGAUUCCAUUUUCGCCCAGGAAGAGUACUUCAGUCUGGACUCUUUAGACAUCGUGACCAUCUUGAAAUAUGGCCGGCCCCUCCUGCGCGGCGGCACCAUGGACUAUUCCCUCGCCGCUCUAGAUCCGCAGAGCCGGCUGGCCCACCAGAAGAAGACGCUGAAUGGCCGGCUCGGGCUUCUCGGUCGGCCCUUUGACGACGACGAGAUGCCCGUCAUCAGCGAGUGUGCCGUCAGCCCUGGGACGCCUCACGAUGCUGCCGGCGCAAACGGCUUCGGACGCCAGGACAGUAUCACCACCGACAGCCCGAGCCAGAGCCAGAGCCAGAACCAGGACGAGAGUAAGCUGAGCUCGCGGCAGCUCAACGUGCUCAAGAGGAAACGGAAGCGCGAGGCCCAAAAGGCCGCUCAAGGCAAAAGCGGAUUCGGUGACCUGUCCCUCCGUCGGACGACAACGGCGGGCUCAGACGGAUUCGCCGAUGACACUCCCAUGCCCGACGCCGACUCCAAGAAGAACGGCAAGAUAUCCGACUAUUUCAGCCUCGACCGGCCCGCCGAUGUGGACGAAGACACCAAGGUUGUGUCCGAGUUCAAAGGACCCAUCCUGCCCAUCAAGUCGGAGCUCGAAGCCGACGAGAGCAUGGAGGGCGCUGAAUGGCCGUACGAGCGACUCUGCGAAUUCCUCAAGGUCGACCUGUUCGACCCGCAGUGGGAGACCCGCCACGGCGCCGCCAUGGGCCUGCGGGAGGUCGUGCGCGUCCACGGCGCAGGCGCUGGGAGGCGCAAAGACCGGUCGCGCAAGGAGAACGAUGACCUCAACCGCCAGUGGCUGGACGAUCUAGCGUGCCGGCUGUGCUGCGUCCUCAUGCUGGACAAGUUCACCGACUACAGCUCCGACACGUCGGUUGCCCCGAUAAGGGAGACCGUGGGCCAGACUCUCGGAUCGGUCCUCCGCCACAUCCCGCCAAACUCUGUUUACGCCAUCUACCGACUGCUUUAUCGGAUGGUCAUGCAGGAUGAUCUGCAACUGGAGCACAACGUCUGGGCCGUGUGCCACGGAGGAAUGGUCGGCCUGCGGUACGUCGUUGCGGUACGCAAGGACCUCCUUCUCCAGGACGGCGACAUGAUCGACGGCGUCAUCCGCUGCGUCAUGAAGGGUCUCGGCGACAUCGACGACGAUGUGCGCUCGGUCAGCGCGGCGACCUUGAUCCCCAUGGCCAAGGAAUUCGUCACGAUGCGUCGGGCCGCCCUCGACGAUCUCAUCAGCAUCGUCUGGGAGAGCCUUUCCAAUCUCGGCGAUGAUUUGAGUGCCUCAACCGGCAAGAUCAUGGACCUUCUUGCCACUCUCUGCAGCUUCCCCGAAGUCUUGGAGACCAUGAAAGCCUCGGCUUCCGAGGAUGAGGAGAGGUCUUUCACUCUGCUCGUUCCCAGACUGUACCCCUUCCUCCGCCAUACCAUCACUUCGGUACGGCUUGCAGUGUUGAAGGCUCUCAUGACCUUCGCCAACCUCGGGGGUGAGACGUCGCAGGGCUGGCUGAACGGGCGUAUCCUACGCCUCAUCUUUCAGAACAUAUUGGUAGAGCGAGACCAAGACACGCUGGCCAUGUCCAUGGAGCUCUGGGCUGCGCUUGUGCGCAAUCUCGCCAAGGAUCCUGCCGGCCUUGCCGACGAAUUCGAGGCGCAUGUCGACCCGCUCAUGCAGCUGGCACUCCAUCCAAUUGGCGUCCCUCGCCAUCCCAUCCCCAUGAACGCAAGCCUCUUCCAGAAGCCGUCCGGAGGAACAUACUCUCUGCCCGGCGUCGCGCCAGUCAGCAGCAGGCGGUCAUCGCCGCCUGAAGGGGAGAGGGCCACAAAGCGACGGAGGAAGUCCACGAAAGUGGACGAUGUUCCAGCCCCCACCCAAAGCCACGAUGUGGAUGGCCACAUGAUGCAAGGCGACGUCGACCUCGUAGGCAUGGAUAUCUUGGUCCGCUCCCGCGUCUCAGCGGCCAAGGCCAUGGGCCUUAUCAUGUCCCUGCUUCCCCCCUCCCGCCUAGCCUCGUACGAUAGCAGCAUCCUCCACGGGCUUGGCUCCCCGUUCGCGUCCACUCAACUCGCCGCCGCCAUGAUCAUCGACGAGUACGCGAAGAACUGCGCCACACCGGAUGCAGCCGCGCGGUUCAUCGAGCCCCUACAAAAGAUCAUCGACCUGGAUCGGCCGUCACAUUAUAGGGACCUGGUCAGCUAUGUCCACCGGGUGCGCUCGCAGUCGCAACAGCUCAUCAAUCUCUUCCGUGACCACGGCAAGGUGUCCCACAACAAACUGCCUACCCUGGCUGUCGUCGUCCAGGGCGAGCCAGAAGCGGGUCCCGGAGCGUUUUCGGUCGCCAAUGCCGAGAAAGUUGUCGGCGAUGACUUUGAGAAGCUCAAGAAGGCCAUGGCACCCGGCCAACGCUUGAUCGCCCUUCCGCAGCUCAACGAGGCGCGCGAGGCAGCGGUUUCCGCGAUCGAGGAAGCCAAGGCGGCCAAGGAAACCCGCGAUGCCCGUAUCCGGGCGGCUGCUGCUUGUGCCUUGGUUGCCAUGAAGGUGCUGCCCAAGAAACCGAGUCCUCUCAUCAAGGCCAUCAUGGACAGCAUCAAGACCGAAGAGAAUCAAGACCUGCAAAGCCGCUCGGCUGCGACGAUCGCCCGCCUCGUGCAGCUCUUUACUGAUUCUGGGCGCCGCGGCCCCGCUGACAAGGUCGUUGCCAACUUGGUCAAGUUCUCGUGCGUCGAGGUUGCCGAAACACCCGAGUUCCCCAGCCACGCGCUCAAGACCAACGUCAUCCUUUCCAUGCAGAAGGAGGAGGACAGGGUGGAUCAUCCCGAUGCCGCGAAGUUUGCACGAGAAGCGAGAGCGGCGCGCAUCACGCGCCGGGGCGCCAAGGAAGCACUGGAGAUACUCUCACAGACGUUUGGUGCCGACCUGCUGGCCCGCGUGCCGAGCUUAAGGACAUUCAUGGAGGAGCCCCUAGCGAGAGCUUUCUCUGGUGACCUGCCGGCCGAGGCCAGGGAUCCGGAGAACACUUUCGGCCAGGAGAUUGUCGACGCCAUGUCUGUGAUCCGGACCAUGACUCCCACGCUCCAUUCGGCUCUGCAUCCCUUCGUCAUGCAGCAGGUGCCUCUGGUGAUCAAGGCUCUGCGCUCGGACUUGUCCGUGUUUCGCUACAUGGCCGCCAAAUGCCUGGCCACGAUAUGCAGCGUUAUCACGGUGGACGGCAUGACGGCGCUCGUGGAGAAGGUUUUGCCCUCCAUCAACAACCCUCUCGAUCUCAGCUUCCGCCAGGGGGCCAUCGAGGCCAUCUAUCACCUCAUCGCCGUGAUGGGCGAUGCGAUCCUGCCCUAUGUCAUCUUCCUCAUCGUACCGGUGCUCGGUCGGAUGAGCGAUUCGGACAACGAGAUUAGACUGAUUGCCACGACAUCGUUCGCUACGCUCGUGAAACUCGUUCCGCUGGAGGCUGGUAUUCCGGAUCCGCCGGGGCUCUCGGAGGAGCUGUUACGGGGUCGGGAUCGGGAGCGCACGUUCAUCGCACAGCUCUUGGAUCCGAAGAAGGUCGAGCCGUUCCAGAUCCCCGUCGCCAUCAAGGCCGAACUUCGCUCGUACCAGCAAGAAGGCGUCAACUGGCUCCACUUCCUCAACAAAUAUCACUUGCACGGCAUCCUCUGCGACGACAUGGGCCUCGGCAAGACGUUGCAGACGAUUUGCAUCGUGGCGAGCGACCAUCACCAGCGCGCCGAAGAGUUCGCGAAGACGGGUGCCCCAGAGGUGAGGAGGCUCCCCUCCUUGAUCGUCUGCCCUCCAACCCUCUCCGGACACUGGCAGCAGGAGAUCAGGACGUACGCCCCCUUCCUGAGCGUCACGGCCUACGUCGGCCCGCCGGCCGAGCGCAGGGCGAUGAAGGACAUGCUGGACAAGACGGACAUCGUGAUAACGUCGUACGACGUCUGCCGAAACGACAUCGAGAUCAUUGAGAAGUACAAUUGGAACUACGUGGUGCUCGACGAGGGCCAUCUGAUCAAGAACCCGAAAGCGAAGAUCACGCUCGCGGUCAAGAGACUGACCAGCAACCACCGGCUCAUCCUGACAGGCACGCCGAUCCAGAACAACGUGCUGGAGCUCUGGUCGCUGUUCGACUUCCUGAUGCCCGGUUUCCUGGGCGCGGAGAAGGUCUUCCUCGACCGGUUUGCGAAGCCGAUCGCGAACAGCCGGUACAGCAAGGCUUCGUCCAAGGAGCAGGAAGCGGGCGCGUUGGCCAUCGAGGCGCUGCACAAGCAGGUGCUGCCCUUCCUCCUGCGGCGGCUGAAGGAAGAGGUGCUGGAUGACCUGCCGCCCAAGAUCCUGCAGAACUACUACUGCGACCUCAGCGACCUGCAGCGGAAGCUGUUUGAGGACUUCACCAAGAGGGAAGGCAAGAGGAUCUCGGAGGAAGCGGGCAGGGAUGACAAGGAGGCCAAGCAGCACAUCUUCCAGGCGCUGCAGUACAUGCGCAAGCUCUGCAACUCGCCGGCGCUCGUCAUGAAGCCGGGCCACCGGGCGUACGAGGAGACGCAGAAGUUCCUGGCCAGGCAGAACACCAGCCUGGAGGACCCGGCGCACGCGCCAAAGCUGACUGCGCUGCGGGACCUGCUCGUGGACUGCGGCAUCGGCGUGGAGGGCCAGGAGUCGUCGGACCCGCUGUACACGCCGGUCAAGCCGCACCGGGCGCUGAUCUUCUGCCAGAUGAAGGAGAUGCUCGACAUGGUGCAGAACACGGUGCUCAAGAGCAUGCUGCCGUCGGUGCAGUACCUCCGGCUGGACGGGUCGGUCGAGGCCAACCGGCGGCAGGACAUCGUCAACAAGUUCAACAGCGACCCGUCGUACGACGUGCUGCUGCUGACGACCAGCGUGGGCGGGCUCGGGCUGAACCUGACAGGGGCCGACACGGUCAUCUUCGUGGAGCACGACUGGAACCCGCAGAAGGACCUGCAGGCGAUGGACCGGGCGCACCGCAUCGGGCAGAAGAAGGUGGUCAACGUGUACCGGCUGAUCACGCGCGGCACGCUCGAGGAGAAGAUCCUGAGCCUGCAGCGGUUCAAGAUCGACGUGGCCAGCACCGUGGUCAACCAGCAGAACGCCGGGCUGGCCACCAUGGACACGGACCAGAUCCUCGACCUGUUCAACCUGGGCGAGCCCGGGCCGAGCCUGAUCACGGACAAGGGCAAGGACGGCCUGGAGGGCCGCGAGGAGGACAUGGUGGACAUCGAGACGGGCGACGUCCGGCAGCCCGGCAAGAAGGCCGCCUGGCUGGAGGGGCUGGGCGAGCUGUGGGACAAUUCGCAGUACGAGGAGAGCUUCGAUCUCGAUGGCUUCCUGAAGACCAUGCAGUGAGGGACGGGGAAGGGGUAGAAGCAGCAUCAAUCAGCAUCAGCGUCGGGUUUGGGUGGUUUUGGGUUGUAUUGGGAAGGGGUCUCCUAGCCAGGGCGGUAGGAUAUAUCGGUUUGGCGCAAUGUGGUCGUCGGGCGUCGAGGG